AUGUCUGAUGUUGGUAGCAGCCUUGGUGGCGCAGCCGGUGGUGGAGAAGAUGGCAGGGCAAUCUCUGAUGGGUCUGAAGUUCAGAUACAGGACCAGCAACCAGUCCCCCCACCUAUGCCAACAUCUCGGAUCUCUGUGAAACAUGCAGUUGAAGUCAUUCAAACGUUUGAUGAGUACAAGAGGUGGUUGGUACAAGAAAUCGGGUUUGGUGGAAUGUUGAAGUUGCCCAUGCGGCAGAAGCUUAAUCUCAAAUUCAGUGCAUGGACAAUGAGCAAGGUUAGUGUAUUUCAGCGCGCAAUUAUAUUGUCUGAGUCAAAGAAGCUGAAGUUCUGGCCGGAGGAUGUGCACAAAGUAUUUGGGAUACCUUGCGGUCACCGCUCUAUCCGGGGGCGUGAUGGUCACAUAACGCCUGAUGCAAUUCAAUUCAUCAAGAAGACUCUCGGGAUGGACAAAAAAGGUGUUCAUAGCCUGCGAGCCGUGGAGGAGUUCCUACUACGAGAUGUAUCAGAGACAUCUAGCAAGCUUGAGAAGGAUUGUUUUCAAAUUGCUUUCGUCAUUUUUGUCAUGGGACACGUGCUUGCGCCAACCACAAAGCAUGAUUAUGCCACCAUUGAUUUUUGGGGUGCCCUUGCAAACACCGAAACAAUAUCACAGUUCAAUUGGUGUGAGUACGUGCUUCAGUGCUUGCUAGAAGCUGUUAGACGUCUCAAGAAGGACAUGCUUUCAAACAAUCCAGGCACUAACCUUGUUGGUUGUCACCUUUUUCUUCAGGUGUUCUUCCUGCACAGUAUUGACUUAGGCAUUUUCAAUAAGAAGCAUAAUGUGCUCCCCCGUAUAAGUGAAUUUGAUCAGGACAGCAUUAGGAACAUGAUCACAAUGUCCACUGACAUUGGGAAGAACCCCACAUCACAUUCAAACAACAAGCUACGUGCGGCAGAAGAUGUUUGCUAUGCCUGGCAGAAGUAUCCUCAGGACCAACCCAACACCCUUCUUGCAGGCACCAACAGCGGUGGCAACAGCGCAUCCACUGCAUGUGGCGCACAUCAGUUCCCCCGAAAUGACAAUGCAACAGUGACACCCACGCACAAUGUAUUAGAUGUACAUACACCAAUCGCACGCUUGGGCCUAUUGAUUUCACACACUGCCUCCGCACACGCUAUCCCAACUUGGCAUCGGAUGAGAUCACUGUACUGCUCAAUGAACAGAAUGCCCGGGUACAACAUCACAUAA